AUGAAUCAUUCCCAGGACACCAGCUCUCGAAGCAUGCCUGAAGAUCGAAAGCUUUAUAUUGUGGAUUCCAUAAAUGACUUAAACAGACUGACCCUCUGUCCUGCUGGCUCACAGCAUCUGCUCCCUCUCCAGGAGAAAAUCCCAGACGUUGGCACUAACUCAGGAAACGGAAGUCACAGUCUAUUUUUUAUGGGGUUGAUAAUUGUGCUGAUUGUCAGUCUGGCACUGGUUUCCUUCGUGAUCUUUCUAAUAGUUCAAACUGGAAACAAGAUGGAUGAUGUGUCGAGAAGACUAACAGCUGAGGGAAAGGACAUAGACGAUCUUAAGAAAAUCAACAGCAUGAUCGUAAAGCGACUCAAUCAACUGGACGCUGAACAAAACUAAAGAAAUGAGCAUCUAAAAGCAGCCGCCAGCACCUGAGCUUGGCGCUUUAUUGGGUGUGCACGGGCUUAUGAACUGAGCAUGCGCAUUUCUGCAGGCAACAGACCAUCUGGUUAGUGAUCCCAACCCUGGGGCCAAGUUAAUGAUGUAGGGUUGGGAGCGACUCCAAGGCAAAGGGGUUUGGGGAUAGCAACCAGAAAAAGGGCUCGUUGUAUGCUGUGUCCUUCUGCUUUAUUGGGGUUAAGGGUGGCUGUUAUGGAGGAGAACCAAUAGUAAGCCAGAGAAUUUGGCUCUGUACAUACAACUUCUCUUACAAAAGGAGCUUUCAUCACCAGAACAAGUUCCCUGUGCCAGUGAGGUUCAUGGUGCCUCGUGCAUCUUUAUGAAUUCCUGUGAC